UGUAAGCAAAGUCGAACUGCAAGCAGGGAGUUUGUUUAUCGUUUAUCGUUCGAACAGAACUUGUCUUUGCUUUCCCCUGUGCGAGUGCUACGUAGGAGUGCUAUAUUAUAAUGUCGCUGGCGUAGAAUCGUAGCAUUGGUGAAGCAGAAUUUUGAAAAUAACGUUUAUACAAUUAUGGGACUUUUGAGAUACGUCGUAAUUGUGUGGGCAAUUGCUUCUGUGAUCGCCACGAUUGUGCUGGUUGAUCAGAAGUCCUACGGCGGCCGUCCGUAUUACUUAGUGGAGCAUCUGUUUCUUCCAUGCGCCGUAACGCUAACACUGGCCAUCGUGGCAGUGUUACAGGGAUGGCUUGACGUUGGUGGUGCAGCCGCCUCUCUGGCAGUGGGUUUAUCGCAUAGUGCCAGCCAUGCUAGCCUUCUCUUCGCUCUCCUCGCGUUUUUCGUCUCUUCUUCAUGUGCUACCAGUGUCGGGAAGCGAGCGAAGAGACGUUUGGACCCGACGUACAAGAAAGGUGGUCAGCGUAACAUAGUGCAAGUGUUCAGUAAUGGUGCCGUGGCCACAUCGGCUGCGCUGUCCUACCUGUAUUUCUCGGCAUUUUCCGCACCCGGCUCAGAUGGCUAUGAGUCAAUCAGCUUUCAGUUUGUUGACCCUGCACUGCUGUCAGCGGUGGCAUGCAUGGCCGCUCUAGCUGGCUGUUGUGGGGACACGUGGGCGUCCGAGUUUGGCAUCCUUCAAGGUAGCAAUCUUCCGCGUCACGUUCUCACGCUGCGGCCCGUCCCAGCUGGCACCAACGGCGGAAUAUCGUUCAUAGGCACUGCGUGCAGUCUUCUUGGCGGUCUGCUUGUUGGCGUGGCCUUCUUUGUGGGCAUGUCAGUGCAGCACAUUAUCGAUAAGGACGUUGCCGGGUUGACGCUAAGCUGCUGGCCUGCAAUACCUAUCGGUGCACUGUCUGGAUUGCUGUGCUCAACCAUUGACUCCAUUCUUGGCGCCACCCUACAGUACUCCGGCCGUGAUACGUCAAAGAACUGCGUAGUCAACCAGCCAGGACCGGACGUGGAGCACAUUACGGGCCGAGACAUCUUGGACAAUCACGCUGUCAACUUCCUCUCCAGCUUGCUCACCGCCCUCAUUGUGCCGGCAGUUGUGUAUUCACUGUCAGAGGAACCUUGGAGCGUGUAAUAGCCAACGGCAACGGUGUAUAUAUAAACGGGCUUGACAAAUUUUAUCGCUAAUCUCAUUACGGAAAACCUAGUCUGAGUCUAACACGAACCGUGAUUUUUUUUAAAUUUUCACGACAUUUUUUAACUUGUGCCAACCAAUUUUUAACAGAGGCAUUUUAUCUCAAAUUUAGUUUAACCCUCUAGGACAGGUUCCAACCAUAUACAGUCGACCUACCCUUAUAACGAUAACCCCUAUAACGAUAUUUUUCUGCCAAACCAAAUCACUCCAUUGACUUUUGUAUACAACGCCUUACCCUUAUAACAAUAUUGCUAUAACGAUAUUACCCCUAUAACAAUAUAAAAUGGGCUGACCAAUCAACAUUUUCCAUUUUAUAACAAUAUCCAGCAGGGGAUAUGUAGAGUCCACUGUCAAGGUAGGGCAAGAUUCACUUGAUAAGUCGCUGGGACAUGACGAAAUGCGAUGAGGGCACCAGUGGGCACCUUGCUGUGUACAUAAUGUGCAUGUACAUACGUUUUUGACGCUAUGAAGAGUGUAAAAAAUGAACUAAAUUCAUGCAUUAUGACGUAUGUGUAUGAAAUGAACCAGUUACCCCUAUAACAAUAUUACCCUUAUAACAAUAUUUCUUGGUCAGAUGAAAAUAUCGUUAUAAGGGUAGGUCGACUGUACUAGUUUGAAACAAAGAACAUAAAAUGGACUGUAGCGUUGAUCGCCAAACAAUUUCUAGCGUACUUAAUAAAAUCUGCCUUUCUACUUCGAAGUAUUUCUUCUAAAUGUAUAACACGAGCAAUGCACCCAGCCACUUUUUUUGUUGCAUCCAUGCGAGUCCAUCAACUCGUACUUAUUGGGGUUAAAGGAUUCGCUACGCACACAAUGUUACCUGUGUACACCGGACACAUAGAAUGUGUCAAGAUAAAUGACUUCUUUCUACAUGUAGAUAGCCAGUUGUAGUGCGGACGUGCAAACAUGUUCCAUGUAUUUGUAAAAUAGUAUUCAACAUGUCCAGUUUGCACAGUA